AUUGUAGCAUACUUCUACUUCACUUUGAAUUCGAAAACGCUUGGAACCAAUUCGAGCCGAGAAACUUUUAACGAGAACUAGUUGGAAGAAUAUCAGAACAAUAUUUUUAAAGACUUUAUGGCAACCGCACUUUUCGGCAAUCGUUUAGAACACGAGUUUCCGUUCAACGACGUUAUAAGCUGCAUGGAGGAAUACUACUAUCCAGCCACUAAUCAAGAGGAGAUUAUCAAAGAACAAUCAAACAGAUAUAAUUGGCAAAACUUAGAAGCGAGUUUCAAUUAUUCUUCAAGCGAAUCAGUUUACACCAGACCUGCUUGUUCUCCGCCUAACAUUGGAAUGGAAACAAAUGAUUUAUCAUUUAAUGAUGCGGACUUUGACUAUCUAACUGCAUCUGUAAGUUCAUACGGCAACCCCGAGUACGUUCAACAGGCGCCUCAAAUGGCACAACUUCCUCAGAACAGAUCAAAUUCUCCAAAAAUGGGCCGAACUAAGCCUAAUAUACAAUUAUGGCAAUUUUUGAGAAAACUCCUAAGUGAACCAGCAUUAUAUGGAAAAUCGAUCAGAUGGAUAAACGAAUCAGAAGGCGUUUUCAAGAUCGACAAUUCUAAUAAAGUUGCAGAAUUAUGGGGAAAGGAGAAACACUGUCCCAGAAUGAACUAUGACAAACUUUCUCGCUCCAUUAGAACUUAUUACAAGAAGAACAUAAUCGUGAAGCCACCGAAUAAUGCUAGAAGACUUGUCUACCAGUUUUGCCCUUCUUACCGAUAA